CACACACACACACACACACACCGGCUCAAACCCCACAGCAUUAGAAGGAGACGUUGGUGCCUGAAGCAGCUGAGACAAGAUGUCUGGUCAGACUUUUGAAGAAAAUAUGAAGUCCAUCAUAGAGCGGGCCAUGAAUAUGAAGGACGAAGAGAAACUUUACAGGCGAAAUGGGAUCCUCUACUCCACCAUCAUGAGCCCACCGGAGAACCUGGAUGCCUUGAAAGACCUGGAGGGACGAGAGGAUGAUGUCAUGCUGGUCUCAUAUCCCAAAUGUGGCUGUAACUGGAUGCUGGGAGUGUUGAGGAAAAUUAUGACCACAUGUGGAUACACUCUCCCUGAAAAGCACCCGCUGAUUGAGUUUUACUCUCCAGACGUACAAAAGAUUGUAGCCGAGAUGCCAUCGAGGCGGUUGCUUGCAACACAUUUACACCCUGAUGACAUUCCUGUAUCAUUUAAGACCAACAAAACAAAGAUGUUGGUGGUGUUUCGAAACCCCAAAGACACUCUCGUCUCUUAUUACCAUUUCAUGAACAACAACCCAGUGCUGCCCAAUGCCGAGUCCUGGGACAAAUUCUGCUCCGACUUCAUGUCUGGUGAAGUAGGCUGGGGUUUAUAUUUUGACCACAUCCUGGCCUGGGAGAAACACAUGGACGACCCUGAUGUGUUGAUCGUGACCUAUGAGGAGCUAAAAGAGAACCUGCUUGAUGGUGUAAAGAAAGUCGCAGAUUUCUUCAGCUUCCCCCUGACGGAUGAACAGGCCAAGGUGAUCACAGAGGAAAACACAUUCAGCGUCAUGCUGUCAAACUCUUCCUUUGGAAAAAUGACUGACGUUAUUUUCCGAAAAGGUGAGGUGGGAGACUGGAGGAACCACUUCAGCGAGGCUCAGAGUAAGCAGAUGGAUGAAGAGUUCAGGAAGAAACUAUCAGGAACCAGACUGGGAGCCAAGCUUAAAUACGAACAGUACUGUCAGUAGUCAGGGAUAUUAAACACUGUGAAACAGGGCAGUUUAAGUUUUAAAACUCGUUUUCUUACAUUUUACUGUGAAUUUUCGGUGUAA